GAUAAAAUGCUUGGGACCUGUUGGAGUCAGUCAGAGCACCUGAGUCCAGAGGAAGCCAUAGUCCAUAAUAACAGAUUACAGGUGCAGCCUGAAGUCACGAAGCCUGUUGACCUUUGAUGUUUUCUUGCAUCUGGAUCUCCAGUCUCUCCUGUCUUUUCAGUAAAAGAACUAGGAGUCCCAGACAACUUUCCAGAGCCCUUGGAUGCAGAUAGAACCUUAACUUUGGAUUCAGGGACAAGAGCAUCUCUUAGACAAAGACCAGCUGCUGACAGCCUCCUCUCUAUCAUCUGAUCUAUUUUGUCCUCUUCACAGGAAGCUCUGAAGCCAUCAUGGCUACCCCACAAGCGGUAGAUUUUCCCAGAAUCUUUGGUGUGUAUGAUUCUCAACAGAUGGUGUGGAUCCUGAAAGAAAAUUCGUUAAUAGCAACUCCUUUUAGCCGCAAUGUCAUACCUGUCAGUCUUGAUUUAAUAACAUGUACAGACAAAGCAUUUCAUGAUGCAGGAAAAGGCAAUCCGGUUUACUUGGGAAUCAAGGGCAACCAUCUUUGUCUCUUCUGUGCAGAAAUUCAAGGCCAGCCCACUCUGCAGCUUAAGGAGAAAAAGAUCAUGGAUAUGUCCAACGAGAAGAAAGCACAGAAGCCCUUUCUCUUUUUCCAUAGUAGGGAGGGCUCCACCUCUACGUUUCAGUCUGUCUCCUACCCGGACUGGUUCAUAGCCACUUCCAAAAUGGCAGGACAGCCUGUCAUUCUCACCAAGGAGAGGGGCAAAAAUUACACCACUAACUUCUAUUUAGAGCCUGAGGACCAAAAUUAGACUAGGCUGUCAUGACUGAUUCCAGGACAGAGGAUCAAGCAGUCAGAGAAUCUUCCUUUCCAAAACACAAUAGGUCAUCUUGAGAGACCAACAUGCACUGAUGCCCAUCCAUAGCCCACCUCAUUCUCAUCACCCCAAACCACCUCUUCCUUUAGACAUCCAUUCUGCACCAUGUCUCCCCAUCUGAACAUCAUCCCAGUAUAAAACCCGAGUUACUUUUUAUUCUUUCCUGUUAUUGUCCUACCAUCCACUUAGCUGCUACGUCUAGUUAAGUCAACAUCCAAGAUGCUUCCUGUACACACCUCUCUCUUCCUUUUCUUUCUGACAACGUAUGGCCUAGAGAUAUGAGUUCCAAACAUUUUUGUUCCUACAACCCUAUCAAUAAAAGAGUAUUAUUUGUUAAUUCUCUGCAUGUUUAU